AUGACCUCCAAGCUUGGCAACCAACAACCUUCCCGGGCUGCCAGUCGUAUCACUGCCUCCAAGAAGCCGAAACGGACCUCUUCCUCAGCCUACUCCCAGGAGAACAUGGAGCAUUCCCCAAUGGACCAGCUCCUGGUCAAGCUCUCCGAGCAGCAAGCCUUGCUCGAGAGGCAGACGCAGGCCUUAACCACGCCGGAUGCGGAUAGGACCCAGGUCCUCUUGGAGAACGAAAUAAUGUUGUCAAGCGGGUCAGUUUCCGCUACCUCUCCCAACGAGAAGUACAAUAUUACACCAACCUCAUCGGGCAAUACUGGCUCAAUCAGUGCGCCGGAUGCGGCGGAAAUGUUGCGUCUCAGAAAGGAGUUGGCGCAUGCCAGAAGCAAGAUAGCUCAGAUGGAUCAAGAGCUCUCCCAAAGCCGCAUCACCAAGCAUACGAUGGAUCAAGCAAUCGGCCCGCCAUCCGAAAUCGACGUUCACGCUCGCGGCGAAGAGACCGAGCAAACGACCAGCCACCUCCAGAUCGCCUUGAACGCAUCCACCCGCCCAACCGCAACUCGUCAUGAUAGCUGGCCGCUGCACCAGCAAGAUGCUCGCUCUGGUUCUAGCGAUGGCCUUUCUGACGAAGCCUUCAACCGCACUCACGGUGCCUGGCUCAACAACGCUCGACCGCCCUAUGGUUUGAGGGGUGGUGACCGUCAGCCAACUCUGCCGAACCCUUCGCCCCCGACUCACGAUUGGAACGCCGUCGGCACGCAUUCCCUGUACAACGGAGGCGUGGGUCAAACCAUGAACCCACAGGCAUUUGCACCUAUCUCGCAAAUGCAACAGCAGCGUCCCAUGUCCGGAAACCUUCGCAUUGAAACAUUCCGCAACAACAACAGCCCAUUCGCGAACGAGCCUGCUCACUUUGCAGUGGAUCAAGGCUUCCGCAGAAGCCAUACCAUCCCAAGCCGCCCUGCUUCGGUUGUUGGUGCUCACUUCAACGGAAGGGCUACGUAUCCUUCCAGCGCGAUGUCUACUGGGGCCAUCGUUUACAGCCCAUCAGUGACUCCACUGUCCUUCCAGUCCAUGACUUCGUUUUCGCAGCAGCGUACGGAAUAUCAGCCACAGCCCAUCGGGACACGUUUGUCCCCAACGGCUCAGGAGUUCGGCGUGGAACGUGAAGCCCCUACGCCUUGGAACAACCAGAUGAGCGGCCUGUCGCAUGGCUUUCCACGAGCCCGCGUUGAUAGCGUACAGUCGACUGGCGACACCGCCGUCACGUACGUCCCACCCACCGAGCCAAUGAACUAUCGUCUUCUGCUCGACCGCAACAUGACAUGCAACUGGAAGUAUAUCGUCGACAAGAUUGUUUGCAACAACGAUCAGCAAGCCUCCAUUUUCUUGCAGCAGAAGCUCAAGGUCGGCACCACUGAGCAGAAGUACGAAAUCAUCAACGCCAUCAUCGCCCAAGCCUUUCCUCUGAUGAUCAAUCGUUUUGGAAAUUUUCUCGUCCAGCGCUGCUUCGAGCACGGCACUCCUGAGCAGAUCAUUGCCAUUGCCAAUGCCAUCCGUGGUAACACUUUGACGUUGAGCAUGGAUGCUUUCGGCUGCCAUGUGGUUCAGAAGGCCUUCGAUGCCGUACCAGAAGAGUACAAGGCUGUCAUGGUCCACGAACUUCUCCGCCGUAUCCCGGAGACAGUCAUCCAUCGCUAUGCUUGUCACGUUUGGCAGAAGCUGUUUGAGCUCCGUUGGUCCGAUUCCCCGCCGCAAAUAAUGAAGUACGUCAACGAAUCGCUUCGCGGCAUGUGGCACGAAGUUGCUCUUGGAGAGACUGGCAGUCUCGUGGUUCAGAACAUCUUCGAGAACUGUCUCGAGGAAGACAAGCGUCCAUGCAUCAACGAAGUUCUUGCAAGCAUCGAUGUCAUCGCACAUGGCCAGUUUGGCAACUGGUGCAUCCAACACAUCUGCGAGCACGGCGCCCCAGCGGACCGCAGCCGUGCCAUCGACCACAUCCUCCGUUUCGCGACUGAGUACAGCAUGGAUCAGUAUGCUUCUAAGGUCAUUGAGAAGUGUCUCAAGAUCGGUGGCAAUGACUUCAUGGACCGCUAUCUCGAGCGCAUCUGCGAAGGCCGUCCUGACCGCCCUCGCAUGCCACUGAUUGAUAUCGCUGGCGACCAGUUCGGAAACUACCUCAUGCAAUACAUCUUGACUCACGCUAAUCCCCAGCACCGUGAUAUCGUAUCGAACCACGUCCGCAAGCAUAUGGUCUCUCUGCGUGGCUCGAAGUACGGCUCCCGCGUCGCGUUGCUGUGCUGCAACCCCCAAUUCACGACUAGACCUGGCCCCCCCGCCGGCAUGCAGCUCAACCGCUACAACAGUAACCUCUCUGCCGGCCGCGGAGGCUUCCCAAACCCCUACCGCUAG